UUGACAGCGAUCAGCUGUUCCGUCGCGUGGAAUCGCUUGUCGCGAUCGCGAAAAAAAUUAAAACAUAACAGAAAGAAUUUCACUUUUCGACGGUUCAAAAUCCAUGUCAACGUGAGUGAAAAAUUUCCAAAGUUUCAAGUCUCUUGCUGUUUUCCGAAUCUCAGAAAGAUGAAAAUUUUUGGCUUCCUUCGCUCUAACCUCGAAACAACAAUGCAAUAAACACGAAACACACUAAACGUCAAAUGGAUUUUAUUUUCCCUGCAAAAAAACUUGUAAAUUUGAUGCGCAGAAAAACAAUAGUAUCAACAUGAAAUCUGAGGACAUGCUUCGAAAUAUUUUCGGGAAGGAUUGUUUCGAUGUGUCGGAUUCGCUCAGUCUUGGAAAAUCAAAAGAAGAGAAUGCAACUUAUUCUAGAACACUGCACAGUUUGAGUUUGGCUGACGAAUACAUAAAGACUGCACUCUCUGAGAAAGAAAUUCCAGAAAGCUUGAAAGAUUUUCGAGAAGGAAGAUUAGGACCAAAGCUUGUGAGAUUUGAACUCUCAAAUCCACUUGGCCAAUAUUAUUUAUCACCUGAUCGACUCAGCGUCAAUUCUCAGGGAAAUUUUAGUACAAUUCGAGCGAAUACGGCAGUUUUCAAAGGCAAAUGGAUGUUUGAACUACAAUUAGGGACGAAGGGAAUUAUGCAAGUUGGCUGGGGAACGCCGAAGAGUAAAUUUAAUCACAUUGCUGGUGUUGGUGAUGAUCCAAAUUCCUACGCGUACGACGGAAACCGUGUGAAAAAAUGGAACGUGGCUCCAGAAAAAUACGGUGAACCUUGGCUCUCGGGCGAUAUCAUCGGUUGCGCCCUCGACAUGGACGAGGGGACGAUCGACUUUUACCGAAACGGUCGACCGCUAGGUCGAGCUUUCGAAAAUGUUGCCAUGGGUUCCGGAAUUGCCUAUUUUCCAACUGUCAGUCUCGCCCUCAGCGAGAAUUUAACCGCCAAUUUCGGAUCGACGCCCUUGCAUUAUCCGGUCGAGGGUUACCAGACUCUUCAAGCUCCUCCACAGGAACAUCUCGACAAGGCUGAUCUCCUGGUCAAGUGGUUCUCGAAUCUCAUCGAGCAGAUUCGCCACGUCAAGGAAUCUGGCAGCAAAACCUUCUCCGGGGACAAAACUAUGAGCGUUCGAGCUUUUCUUGUCUGUCUCGCGAGAUCGAUUGUACAAAAUAUUGGACCACUUCUCAGGAUACCUUACGUGACUGUAGGGAUUUUCGUUCCUUUCGUGAGGAAACUCUGUGGAAUACAGAAGGAGACAAAACUGAAGCUGAGAAAAAAGGAGAACGGAGAUUCGCUGGUGAUUUGCUUGGAUCUUCUCUGGACUUUUUUAGAAAAUCAAGAGAUACAGGCGUGUUUAGAAAAUACUGUCGUUUAUUUGUUGUCGGAAUUUAGACACGUUUCGCUCCUCCUGGAAUAUCCUGACCAGUGCAAAAGUCUGGCACUCUUGACCUGCUUUUGUCGACACGCGAGAACGAGAAGACAUCUGCUGCAGAGUGUCCUUUUUGAUAGAGUGAGAUUUGCCAAUUUUGUGCAUGUCAAGCCGCUUGAUGAAAUCGGAUUGGCGGAGGUGGUCAGCGAGACUUGGUGGGAAACUGAUCCGGUUGAUCCGAUCGUUGAAAUUAACAAGGAACGGUAUCUCAGAGCUUGCGAAUUGAUCGAGUCGUCCGUUUCGGAGGUAGAAGCUCUACAAGUGGAAUUAUUGGUCACUCUUUUGGACAACAGUGACGGGACAGAUAAGCUUCCGACUUCACGGACUAUUUUUUUGAAAAAAUUUCGAAGCUUUGUCCAUGAAAAUUUAAUUUCAAGUCGAACGAUUCCAGUUAUGAAAACACCGUUGCCGAUCACUCUUUGCUGCUUUCAUCGACUUCUUGUGGCUUUUAGAAUCCUUUGGGACUCCGAAGUCGGAUCGAAUCCUUGCAUUCCUUGCAGAACAUUUUACGACGGAUCAAUUAAUUACAGUGGAAUCGACAGACUCGGUGGGGUUUUAUCGCACCUGAACAAAACCUACAAGAACGAAUUGCUUCACCUUUUAGGUCCCGAUCACGAAAUUGUCGUGAGUCUCGAGCAAACACAAGAAGCGACGACAACAUUUGUCGGAACGUCGAAUAGAAUUGUAGACAUGCCUGUGAUAAUUCCAGCCGUAGCUCGAAUUUUUAAUAUGGGAAAUUCCGUGGUGCCGCUUUGGGAGCGACUUGGAUACUUUCCUUACAAUAGAGAAGACAGAUCACCAAUGCGCCUUGGUCGAGCGAAUCCUGCACUUUCCUUGCUCGAAUUGCUGGACGGAAUUAUUCUUUUUUACCACGUAGCGGCGAAAAAACAAAUCGCGAAAGUUGCCAGUCUCCGGGACAGUAUGUCGGAAUAUGUUAAAGCUCUGGGAGACCUCAAAUCGAGACUGAAACUUGUUGAGGAAAAUGAAGAUCCUGCUACGGAGGUGAUUCAGAAAGAAUUAAUCAGAACGAUAGAAGUCUUCGACACAAAACUUGCCGAACAAGCAAGACACAUGGCAUGGGUACGCGCCGCAGUUUACACCGAAGAAAAACAGUUGCAACUCUCCUGGCUCCUAAAAUCCGUUCUCACCACCCUGAAAUCGGCGAGCGACGAGGGAAAUAUGUUGAGCUUCGUUCCCGACUUCUACCUGGAGGCUCUCACCGAUUUGAGUCUGGGUCUCAGAUCUCACGUUCAUCCGACCGUGCCAAUCGAAAACAUUCCCGAGUACCAGGAGAUGCUUCGCGAUGUCGCCGAAUUUCUCUGUGACCACUUCCUCGACGCAAGAAUCGUCCACGCGAACGCAAAAGACACUCUUGUCUUGACCCUCGCCGGAUUUGUUUCCAAUCCAAUGACCCUGAAAGCGAUGGAAAGUGUCCCGGAGAAAUCGAAAAUUAACGUAAUCGCGAGUUUAUUGAGACCUUACGAAAAUCGAGCCUGGGCUCAGUCCAACUGGAUUCUAGUCAGAUUCUGGCAAGGAAAUGGAUUCGCUUUUCGAUACAAACAUAGUCCGCAUCUCGAGAAUAAAGUUGGCCCGAAGAUUUUCCCCCAGGAGUCAAUCUCUCAACCGAUUAAGCCUUGUCCCUCGCCCUUGUUUCAAAAACAUGUGAGAGAAGCUUUGAUUAGCGAUCCGCAGAGAUCGACUCAGUUUAUAAAUUCGCUCCUGAACCAAUUAAAUUGGGCAUUUUCGGAAUUUAUUGGAAUGAUACAGGAAAUUCACAAUGCGAGUUUGAGACCGGAUACGGUUUUUAUUGAAUCUAGGCAACUUAAAGUGGGAGCCACUUGUUUUGAAUUGGCGAUAUCAUUGCUGAGAGUCUUGGAAAUGAUUUCGACAAUUGCUAAAAAUGUCUUCACUGAUAAUUUAUUGGCUCGACUUUGCCAGUUGUUGUGUAAUAUAUUGAACAGAGUGAGCUCACAAACAAGUAGUUUUCAACAUGUAGUAAUGAUGGCGAUUCCGGAUCUCGAUAAAGUCGAUCAUUUUCCGAUUUUGGCAGUUGUCAUUGGAAUUUUAUUGGCUCUUCUUGAAGAGGAAAUUAACGAUGUUUCGAGAAAUGGGGAAAUACCUAGAGUUGCUAGAACAUUAUUAACAGAGCCGAGUUUUCAAAUGAGUUCCCUCAGUUACGUUUUGGGAGAGACAAAAGGGAAAAGUUCCAAGGGCAAAAGUAUUAAAAUCUUCUCCUUCGCAAACUAUAAGAGCGACGUAACCGAGGAUGAAAUAUCCCGGGUGCGAGAAAUGAUAAAAUUUCUCGAUUCGACGAGCCGGACCAUGCCAGAAACAAAAUUGACCAGCGACGACGAAGACACUUGCACGAUUUGCUACGCUUUUCCAAUCGCGGCGACAUUCAAGCCCUGCAAUCAUCAGUCCUGCCGAGCCUGCAUCGAUCAUCAUCUCUUGAAUAGCCGGGAAUGCUUUUUCUGCAAAGCAAGUAUUGAGAAAGUCGUUGAUUUGGCCCAAAUUACGAUCCACGACUUCACCACUGACAGUAAAACCGCUCAAAGUUCGGUCUCGUGAUCUCGACGAAAUUCCGAGUCAGUCGCUAAGUCUAUUUUUAACAGACUCUGGUGUAAAUAAGCCAUCAAAUGUUCCAUAAAAGAAGAGAAAGAGAGGAUUUAUUAUAGUAUGUACUUACUAUUGAAAUUUUAAGUCUAAGACCAAAGCUUCAACGUGUAAAAAUCUAGUCCAAGAAUAAUAAAAAAGAGAGAAGAAGAGAAUUAAAAUUUAAGUUGGAGAAAAA